ACAGGCGCACACACGCGCGCACCUACAAUCCGGCCUUGUUCCGGCUGUGCGUGUUCGUCGGUGUCGCCAGCGAAUUCGCAGCGUACGAGAGGCCGUGAAUGACCGAGGUGGACGCGUAAUCCGUGAUGACGCCACCUUUGCCGGCAAAUCCUUGUUUGGGAAACAGCAAGCAUUCUUAGGAGGCGCGCCUCAACCGCCUACUGGACGUCGCGAUUGUUCUUCUAUUAUUAACGGCCGCCAAGGCGUAUACUCCUUACACCUAAUCCUUUAAUCUUCGGGAAAUGGAGCUGUUUGCAGACAAAUGGAUUGUGAGGCUGCCAUUGUUCGACUGCUUGUAAUAGAUGCAAAAUCCUAGACGCUCGAGUGUCGGCUAAGCUGGCACCCUCUCGACUCGACCGCGCUAAAUCUAGCUACCGUCUUACCCAUGGACAGAGAAAAAUGCGAAAGAACUGAAGUAGUCGCCGACGAAUGAGGAUUGUACAUCAAACUAUUACAUUUACAUGUUGACAUCCAAAUGCGACAUCCAAAUUAACUCGUAAUUGGUAAUAUAUUAAUGAACAAUAAUUAUUCGUCGAGUCAAUUUGUAUCGAGAGAAAAAAUUUUCUCAUGAAUUUUGGUAGAGAAUAAAUAUAAUUAACACAAGUAAGCGAAGAGAGUCACGUUCGAUUAAAGCGAUCUUGAUGUAUAAUAGUUUGUGUGUGAUUCAUAAUUUUAAGUAAGUAUCUUUACUUAAACUUUUUGUAGAGUACUUUUGGUGAUAAAUUUUUGAAUUUUAAAAGUAACGAAGCAGAGAAGGCACUGUUACUAUUUUCUGCUGACCACCAGUCGCGAAUUAUCACGAUAGAGUUCUGAGAAACAUGUCUCUGGCGAUCGGAUGCCCGUGAGAAACACUACUGACUUGCCGUUUGCCUUCUUUGUUGAAAUGAAGUAUAUUUUUAAUAUUGAUUUCUUAAAAAUAUACUUUAUUUCAACUAAAUACUGUCACAUAGCUCACCACGAUUUGACAAAACAUAUAUUUGUACGGAAUAUUUUAUGAGGAAAACAGCAAUGAAGUAAUAGGAUAGAACUAUAUAUUCAAUUUAAGCAUCAAUAUGUAGCAAAGAAUAACAUGUUUCUCUACGACCAUCACGAUUGUUGGUAUAACACAAUAAGAACAUUCUUUUAUAAUGUGCAGAAAUAAUGAAAUAGUAACACAAAUAUAAUAGAUUGUGAGAAUAUCAUAAAAAUUGAAGGACGAGUAAAAAAUUUAAUUCUUAUCAAAUUGAAGGGUUAUAGAUAGCUAUAUGUAAACUUUAAAAGAUUGAUCUUUGGGUUGUGAAAUUUUCUUAAAGUACACGUUUUCAAAAAUAUUCCUUGUAAAUUUUAACUCGAGCCGACAAAAUUUAACAAAAUUAUGCGAAUUUGGGGGUAGGUACUACUGCUAUACCGAUUUGAACAUUCGGACAAGUUAUAUAACGAUAAUUGCGUUGAGUCCCAAAAACAGUCUCUUUCUACGAGUGUAUGAGUAGUAUAAUCUAUAUCAGUCAAUGAUGUAUAAUCUAUACUUAAAUGAUAAAUCUAAUAGGAAGGAAAAAGAUAGCGAUAGAUGUGGAACGAGAAAGAACAGAAGUACAUUUCCGUCUCUUUCUAUUGAAAGAAAGAAAGAGAUUAGAAAGAGAUGAGAUCAUAUAUUCUACACAUAUCAGAUUAUACUUGCGUUAGUAAAUACUUAAGGCUAUACGAAACCUUAAAUAAAAGAUAAAUGACCUGGUACUCCUUUCAGAAGACCAGCGACUAGCAGUACAGCAUUAGCAGUCGAAUAGCACACUCGAAAACUCUAUCGCCGCAUUUUAUUCCGCGAUCUCUUGUUUUUUAUAUCAUUAUGGGUUGCACACACACACACACACACACACACACACACACAUACAUCUAGAAAAGGAUUUAGAGAUUUGAGACAAUCGAUUAACCUGUGAAAAUAGAGGACAAUAGAAAGGAAGUCUGCGAAUCCGAAAGAAAUAUAAUGUGAUGCAGAGAGUUCCAGUGCAUCGGCAAAAAAAAAUUAAAAAAACAAAAAUAUAAGAGAACGUAAUUGUACCCGAAGAUUAUUCUAUAGAAUAUAGAUAAUAAAUUUUAUAUUACUCAAAAUAACAACAUUGAGUGACCUAAAUGCGCGCAGAUACGUUGAAAAAGAAAUCGUUACGCGCGUCAAAACUUCGAAUCUCGGCGCGCAGCAGAAGACUCAAGAGGCAAGAGCACUUCAGUGAAAAGUUCAAAUUGAAAGUUUGGAGGCUGCAACUAAUUUGGAGGACUUACUACGACCCUGAAACAGACGAAUCUGUAUGACCAGCUCGAAGCUAGGGUGUUCAUUACAAAACGCUUCUUAUGAAGGCUGCUCUGAAGAGAUUGUUCACAUCUUCCUUAUUUAUUGAAAUUUUAUUAUAAAAAAAAUUACUAAAUUAUUCUUAAAAUACGUAUAUUCAAACACAUUAAUGUUUCAAAAAGUCUUCAAGUUUAAAAAAAAAUAGAUUCUCAAACAUACGUGUUUUUUCGACCAUGCAAUUAAGAAUAACUUCUUAAUGUCAUCGGUCAGCAAUAAUCAAAAAUAAAAACACUUCAAAGCUGUGUACUUAUAAAAUAAUUAAUGUAAAAUAAAAAGUAACAAUGUCUCAAAGUUUAGUAUGGCAUUAUUUCAUCCAACACAGACGACCAGUAGCAGAAUGCAAUUUAUGUAACAAAUGGUACCAUAGUGAGCAAGUGCUAAAUUUAGAAAAACAUCUGACACGUGAACAUCCAAAAGUAAUAACAGAAAUACGAGAAAGUAUUAGACGUGCCAAUUUAGCGAAAUAUUUUGUAUUCGAUGUAGGAGAUUCUGAAGCAAGAUGCGUUAUUCAAAAUUGCAUUGUCAACAUAUUUUAUGGAAUAGAUAACUUAAAUAAUCAUUUGAAUAAUCACAAACAAAGAAAUAAACGAAAAAAUACAAACGAAACAGCACCACAGCCAACAGCCGUAGAGGACAACACAAGUGCAGGUGAUAAUAAUCAAUUGACUGAUUCACUUUUACAAGACACUAAAAAUCAUAAAGAAUUACCAUGGGGCAAUUCCCAUAAUUUCGUAUGGCGAUAUUUUAAACCAGAUGGAAAACCUUAUGCAAAAUGCAGUAUUUGUAAAAAUCGCUGCAAAGGCAUAUCUUUGAAUAAAUUAGAGCAACACUUGUUACAUUGUCAUACAGAACUAAUAGAUGAAAUACAAUGUGAAAUAGAUGAAGAAAUUUGGCGUCUCAAUCUAUCACCAUAUUUUGUAUGCGACCCAGAACUUCCUCAAAUAAGAUGCUGUGUUGAUAAUUGCAUUUACAUUGUUAAUAUAUUUCACGGAACAACAGGAUUAAAAGACCAUUUGAGUAAAUGUCAUGAAAAUAUAUGUACAUGGAUUUCUGUGCCAAGAAAUAACACAGAUGUAAUGACGAAACAAGAAGCUGAAGACAGCAAUGAAAGUAUACAGCUAAUUUCUGCAGAAAACAUCGGAAGUGCAAGUGUUAAUAAAUAACCGACUGAUGUACUUUCACAAAACACAGAAAAUUGUCCCUAAUCCUGAUAAAUCGUAAAGAAAUUAUUGCGAAAAAUUACCUCGAACCACUUUUGACCGAUAAUAUUGUAUUCAUUAUUUCAAUUUGUUAUUACAAUUUUCGGUCUUAUUAAGAUUUGUAUUGUAUUAAUAUUU